CCGUCAUCCUCGUCGUCUUCCUUCCCGCGCCGCCGAUGGUCGCAGCUCAGCCCUCUGCAUAUUCACCCCCAUACCCAUACCCAUACCUCCUCGUCUGCGGUGGUCGAGACUGUCCGACCCUCUCCAUCCACGCAUCAUCCCUAUCGCAACGAUGACCUGUCUCUGACUGCUGGGUCCUCUCGAGCACAUCGUGCCACUGCACUCCGUCAGUUGAAUGGUUAUGCCAGACCCUUAUCAGCCAAGGGCCGGCCCGCAACCUCUCGGCCAUCCUCCUCCACCAACACCACCACCACCACCUUAGGGUCUCAACCCGUGCUGGUGCGAGCAUAUUCCGGAGAAAGCCCUAAUGCGACAUCCACUGCAGCCACGAUGCCUUCACGGCGCUCAUUCCUCUUCUUCUCUUCGCGCUCGAGCAGCCGUCCUCAUGCGCCGGCGCUCCCCUCCGAAGAGGAUUUUAGCAUCGAUGGCAUCUUGCGCGCCAUCGAGCCCGAUAUCCGGCACACGCUCGACGCCAUCGGCGAGAUCUGCGGUCGCAGCAAGCUGAGCCUGGCCAACGAGUACGGGAGCCAUAUCGCGCCCCUGGGCGAGAUCCGCGCUCCGCCCGGCGGCCUGUUGACGGUGGAUGAAGCAAGCUCCGACCACGAGCGACAGGCUGACAACGACGUUGUCAUCUAUGACGACGAUAACAGCGUUGCCGACGGGCGUGAUUUCCACUCCGCUCCGCCCUUUCGGUACUGGGGCCAACUCCGACAGGCGACGACGACGACGAGGACGGGGUCUCACUCGAGAAUGUCCUUACCCGCGGACAGCGCAUCGCUGCAGGUUCAGCCCACGACCCCACGAUCCUCGGCAGCCUUGCAGUCGGCGCAUGGCGAGACUGGGGUUGACUUGCUUCUGACCACCAGGGAGAUCGCGUCCAAGUCGAGCGCCAGUGGCCGAGGUCUCCUGGGGAGGAAGGUGAAGAACGACGCCCGACGCCGGACCUACGAGAUGAUUACACCGGCACUGGUGUCGGAGACAUUGCUGGACGCGCAGGCCGAGAGCCACUAUCCUCCCGAGGCAUCCCGUCGCAGUCGGCCGCUCAGUACAAGCAAUGUAGGAACCGCGCAAGCUGGCGAAGACCACCUUUCGGGGACACCCCGACCGUCCUCGAUGGUCGAUAUGCGGAGUCUCUUCGGCUGGCUCCGGUAUAUCAUGAACGAUGCCGAGUAUGGACGUAGUCCGGUGACAGCAGAAAUGAGGCUGCGGGCAAUGCUGGAGCGG